UGACCUGUGACGUCAACACUUUUACGACAGCGUGCGUACUCAGUUUUUGUGCGGUCUUGGCGGAGGUGCAGUUGCUGUGAAUAGGCUGUUUCUGUUGUGUUUUCUGGGACGGCUUACAACUGAAAAGGAAGUUUAAAGAAGUGAAGGAAAAGCGCGAACUAUCGGCGAAGGGAAGAUCGACGGCUUUGCCGAGCAGCGCUGUUGCUGGAAUCGAGUUGCUCGAGCCCUGGGUUUGCGGCGCGAGGCCCGGCGGAUAGGGAGCUCGAGCCGCCCUCCGACUUCUGAAAAGUUUGUUGUUGUCACGUGACCGGGGAGGCGAGGGCAGCUGGAGAGCAUUUUGUUUCGGAACAUCGAAAACUUCCCAUUUCUGCUUUUUUUUAAGUUCUUAUUUAUUUUCUGUUAGUAACUGUUGAGCUAUGCCUCAGGCGAAAUACAGAAAGAUUGCCUUGUUGGGCUACAGAUCCGUGGGCAAAUCUUCUCUCACCAUCCAGUUCGUGGAAGGACAGUUCGUCGACUCCUACGACCCCACCAUCGAGAACACCUUUAACAAAACUGUGUGCGUGAACGGGCAGGACUUCAGUCUGCAGCUGGUGGACACGGCCGGCCAGGAUGAGUACUCCAUCUUCCCCCAGUCUCACUCCAUGGACAUCCACGGCUACGUGCUGGUCUACUCCGUCACCUCCACGAAGAGCUUCGAGGUAGUCCAGGUCCUGCACGACAAGCUGCUGGACAUGGUUGGGAAGAUCCAGGUGCCUACCGUUCUUGUUGGAAACAAAAAAGACCUUCACAUGGAGAGGGUCAUCAAACCAGAGGAAGGCAAGAAGCUGGCUGAUUCCUGGGGCGCCGCAUUCAUGGAGUCUUCGGCCAAAGAGAAUCAGACGGCCGUGGAAGUCUUCAAGAGGAUCAUCGUGGAGAUGGAGAGGGCUGACGGCAACGCGCCGUCCGAGGAGAAGAAAUGCGCCGUGAUGUAGACAGACGCCGGAGUGGGCGGGGGGCGGGACGACACGGUCAGGCAGCCCCUCCUCCCCCAGCACUCAGACACCGCCAGCCACCCAGAGACACUCGAGGUUUAGAGAGCCCUCCCUGCAAUCAUAGGCUAACUCCUCCAGGGAAGCAGCCUGUCCUGGUCUGCACCCCCACCCCUUGCCCGCCAGUCGCACCCCAGACUCCUCUCUACCUCCCCAGGAGACCCGUCUUUGUGAUUGAGAAAUUGAGAGUUGGAAGGAGGCAGUCAGUCUAGACUGUCAGCUCGCCUGCACUCGAGAAUCCUGUGCAAAGCUGCGACAGCAGAGUGGCUGUUGUGUUUAGGUCCCAACAGAGAUGGCAGAUCCCGGGUUUGGGUGAGACUUGGUCCGAGUUGUUGUGGACUAGGCCAGCUGUUCUCAAACGCAGGGGCGUGGGUGGGCAUCCGCAAGUGAAGGAUAACAAAAUGACUGCACAGCGUUCAUGUUGUAUCUGCAGCAAUGAAUAACUUCAGUCUGAAUCUUGCCAGUGUUGGACCGCUGUCUAGUAGUUGCUGCACAAGGUCUGUUGUCAUCUGAGUUUUAAUCAUGUGCCGUGCUCUGCACGUUUACACAGAAAACUUGAUUCGCGAGGAGCUAAAAUUGCUGCCUUAGCGGCUGGUUUUGGAAUUAACACGUAUAUUGGUGGCACACAGGUUACUUUUAUUAGAUGUUUUUUAAUCGGUUUACAAAACAGUGGGACCUCUCCUUCAUUUUCUAAACUGUGCCUUUCUAAACCAGUGAGAUGCAUGUCAGGUUAGGGAGAACAGCUCCAGCAGAGAACCUAAAAAUGCAAUAAAAUGUGCUCGUAAUCACAUUAUGGUCAGUCGUGUGCUGCAGUGCUCACUGUGCUUUCCUUCCUAAUUAUUUUUCAUUUGAAUUAAGGCCUUAGUGGUUAAACCUAACAGCCUGCUGUGUUAGAGGCUUUUUGGGGGUGAAUUAGUAUGUGUGGAAAAUCUAAAAUUUCCCUUUGCAUUGUCUGUAGUACCGCUUGCUCUGUGUAGAAGUUCAAAACGUCAGCAACGUGCAGGCACCUGUGUCCAUUACAGUGGAGAUUGACACAAAGCAAGAUUUCAUUAUUUGCUUUUCAGCUUACAGAUGGUAUCUACCUGAGUCAGAAAGGAAUGGUGAAUAUUAGAAUAGAUGCUGUGGCAUAACAGGAAAUAAGAAUAAAAUAGAGAGGUAAGCAGGAGAAAUAAGCCAUGAAUGUAUCUUCUAUGAUCGGUAUAUGUGUUGGGGGUGCCUCAUGGAGAAAAGGGGGUACAUGAUCUAAAACGUUUGAGAUCCACUGGACUAGAACACAGUUAACUUGCGCAGUUCAGGAUCAUUUACCAGUCUAGUCAUCCAGUCCUGGUACAGAGCCCUGGCACAAGUAUUAACCCAGCCAGCUACAUCUGACCAGUCCUGUCCCAGAGCCUCGCUGUCCCAGCCCGCAUUUACACGGCCAAGCACAGGGCUGACAGGGGUCUCCAGGAGAUCCAGCCUGGGUGAUUUUAGACCAGACCCGGGGUUCAGGGUUCGAACCACCACAGGAGCCGGCUAGCCAGGGUGAGAAAUGUCUGAGCUGCUUGCCCCUGUCCCCCUGCGCUGGUGUGAGAGUCUGCGUGCCCCUCGGUGACGGGUUCCCCUGCAGCUCAACGAGGUGCUGGAGUGUGGGGAUGCGUGUGGCCCUGAAGGACUGUGCGGGAUUUCUGGGUUAGCAGUUACUGCCACACGUUGUGCCGCCCUGAUCCUGGUCUCCUGCACCUUCCUGCUGAUCGGAUCCUUCCCUGCUGGAGCUGAAUCGAUCUUAAUCCUGUGUCCCACUCGGUCGGCAGCGCUGUGAACACCAGCGCGCGUGUGGUUUGUGUGUUAUGUGUGUUUGUGCAUCUGCUUUGCUGAAUGAUUCUGGGUGAGUAGAUGGGAGUCCUACUAUGUAGCCAGAUUUGAGAUUUUUCUUUUUAACGUGAACAAUGUUGACCUUUUAAAAAGGGGGGGGUUUAGACAAAAGUACUUGUGACUUUUACAGUUUUGGGAACUGCUGUAGUCUGAAACAGACAUAACCCCCCUACAAUAUUUGCAGUAUUGUAAAAUAUUAUGGGAUGAGUCCCAAGCUGUCAGCUACAGAAUCUUUAUGACAUGACGAUGAUGUUACCACUUAAUACAGCCCGCACCUUAACAGAUAUGUUAAUCCAGCUCAUUAUUAGUUCUGGUUGGAACAGAAGUCUGCAGCAAAAUGGAGUUGAAGGUUAUUAAGCAAGUCUUAACCUUGCAAAGUGUUUCUACAACACAUUGAACUGGAGUGACCCCUGUAGGCAGGUAUGUGGUACUGCAAGGAGGGGGGGGGGUUCUUGGCUUUCUCAAAUUUAUCCCUGAUGUACAUAGAGGGUUAGAUCAAGAUUUUAUGGUCUAACAGAUUAAACAGUGAUGUAAAUAA